GGUUCCUACAGCAUUUUACCCAGAUUGACCAAGAUUUUGUACGCUUUACCUGCCUCCUCUGCCCAAAUCGAGCGGGACUUCAGCGUAUGUGGUGAUAUGGUGACUUCGCAUCGCGGAAGCCUAUCCAAGGAAAACGUCGACAUGUGUGCUUUUCUGAAUCGCAACGAAGAGUAUGUUGACAUUACCCAAUGC